AUGUACAAUUCAUCUGAAAUGGUCGAUCCUAAAUCCGUGCAGUUGCCAGUCGAUAAAACCAGACGCAAGAGACUCAAGGUGGUAAGUGCGUGCAGUGAAUGCCGUCGGAAGAAAACAAAGUGCAAUGGGGAGAAACCUUGUGCUGGAUGUAUCAAAACAAACAUGGAUUGCAAAUACUUGAACUCGCCAAAAUCAAGACCAUCCAAUAAUCGUCCACUGGCUGCCUCCUCUUCAUCUGCUGCCAGUACGUCUUCUCCUCCUACUUGUCUUGCCACAUCGCAAUCACAUCAGCAACAGCAGCAAGCUCCUCUUCCUCGCUAUUACCAUCCUACCACACAACAACAAACUCAACCACAAGAGCCAUCCAAUAAUGGUCCAAAUGCCACCAUUCAAGCCAUUGAGUCUCGUCUUGGUGUCAUUGAGGAUAUCUUGCAAAUCUUAUUAAAGCAACAACAACAACAACAACAACAACAGCAGCAGCAGCAGCAACAACAACAAUACCAUCCAUAUCAUCAUCAGCCAUAUCAUCAGAAAUCCGCUUUUGUAUCAGUUGAACAACGGAAUAUGCAAACCCAUCAUUCCGGUCCGUAUUACGGCGAAUACCAACAUGACGAUACUGGUAGCAGCGGCUAUCACUACGGUCAAUCGCACAAGAGAAAGUUUGAUCAACUUCAGCAACAACCACAGCAAUCCAAUGUGCGUCUUGCUCCUCCACACAACUACCAGCCUUCUUUAUCUGAGUCAUCGUCUACUUCCACUACUUCCUCUAUUUGCUCCAACUCAUCUCCCAAGAUGAAUACCAUUCAGGCAUUAUUGAAUAAUGAGAAUGAAAUCAAAUUGGACUGCCCUCCCUCCUCAUCAAAGCCAUCUGCUUUCUACAGACCUCAUCCUACUAUUGCUACUACUGGUAGUAGUAACAGCGUCUACUGA